GCUAUGUCUUCCAUAGCUCAGGCCUAGUUAGCUCUUCCACCUUUACUGGAGUGCUUUAAGUUUUAAUAGUUUUCUCUCUUUGAUCUUGAUCAUCGAUGGCUCCUCCACCUUAUCAUAAUCUAUCACCUCCUUCCCCUUUUACUCUUGAGCUUAGUGGAGAUCAUCAUGGAGAUCAUGAUCUUCAAUACCACCACCUCUUCAACCUUGAGCCUCAAGCUUCCUUUUCUUCUUCUUCUUCUCUUUCUAGUGCCCUUUUCUUAACUCCAGCUCAAGUCCAAGGACGAUCCGAUGAUCAUUAUAGAGAACCACACCAGUUUCAAUUCCAACUCCUAGAGGCUGAUCAUAACAUUGUUCCGCAUGGCGGAUCACACGAUCAUGAUCAUCAAGCCAUUGAAAAUGAAGGUGGCAGUGGUACUGUUUUGAAAUUAAGCAUUUCCAAGAAUGGAGCUGUCGGAAAUGGGAAUCCAGGUACUGAUCAUGAGACUAGUACUAGUUCAGUUAAGUGGAUGUCUUCAAAGAUGAGGAUGAUGCGGAAGAUGUCGAACCCUGAUCAAACAUCAAGCAGUUCUACUAGUAGUGAUGAUAAACCAAUUUCGAUGAAGUUAUCAUCACACAAAUUUGAAGAGCAGAAGCUGCAGCAUCCAUCAUCGCAAUUAGGAGCUGACAUGAUCAGCUGCAGCAAUAAUUCAUCAAACAACAUGAACAACGUCCCAAUUAUUAGGGUUUGCUCCGAUUGCAACACUACUAAGACACCUCUCUGGAGGAGUGGACCCAGAGGCCCUAAGUCACUUUGUAACGCUUGUGGAAUUCGGCAAAGGAAGGCAAGGCGUGCGAUGGCGGCAGCCGCAGCCGCAGCAAGUGGCACAACCCUGACAGUUGCCGCACCAUCUAUGAAGAGUAGUAAGGUGCAACCCAAAGCCAAUAAAUCAAGAGUAAGUUCUACUGUUCCCUUCAAGAAAAGGCCGUACAAUAAACUGUCCUCAUCCCCAUCAUCUCGAGGCAAAUCAAAGAAGCUUUGUUUUGAGGAUUUCACAAUCAGCAUGAAGAAUAACAGUUCAUCAGGAAACCCCACUGCCGCCACCACCACUACCGCUCUUCAACGAGUUUUCCCCCAGGACGAGAAGGAAGCUGCAAUCCUGCUAAUGGCUUUAUCUUGUGGACUUGUUCAUGGUUGAAUCAAUUUCAACACAUGCAUCCUCAAAUUUAAUUAGUCUACUAUUACUUGUUUUGUAGUAGUACUUUAGCUAUAUAUUAGAACAAAAUCAAUUAAUAAAGUUUAAGCUAGAGAGAGAGAGAGAGAGAAGUUACAAAAUCAGUGAUGAGGGAUCAAAUUAGUUAAUUAGUUCAAUAAAAACCAAAAAUAAUUGUUGUGAUGAUCUUAUGAGAGGAGCGUGUGGUGUGCUUUUUAACAAGCAGAUAUAGAAUUUACCAAAAAUAAUGGUUGUUUCUAUAUAGCUACUUGUUCAUCUAUAUAUUUAGGUUUUGUUUUGUUA